CAGCGGCCGACGUCGCAGUCGGCUGGAACUGCUACUCUGUACCUCUCGGACAUAUUCUGGACAAGAAAGGAGUGGCAUGUGCACGAGGGCUGCGAAGGUGUAAAUAAAGAGCCAUUCUUGUGAAACGCAUGAGAGAAAAAGAGAGUUCAGCCCGCAGCAGGGGGUAUUCGGCAGGUUUAGGGAAGAACUGCUAAGGAGGGUUGAUUCGGGAAAGACAUAUCACAUCAUGAGCGAGAAGGCAGGAAUGAUACGCCGGUACAGCGUCAUCACUAGAGGCAACGCUCCGCACCUCGUGAAGGUGCCGCACGUGAUCGCGAUGGUGGGACUGCCCGCGCGCGGCAAGACCUACAUAUCCCGCAAGCUCGCUCACUACCUCAACUGGUGCGGAGUCAACACACAGGUGUUCAACGUCGGAGAGUAUCGACGGCUGAUGUUUCACAACCAGUACGACGGUCACGACUUCUUCCGACCGGACAACCUCAAGUCGCGAGAGAUCCGAAAUGAGUUAGCGGAGAUGGCGAUGAAGGACAUGUGUACAUGGCUGCACAACGGCGGAGAAGUAGCGAUCUUUGAUGCUACGAACACGACGCGGGAGCGGCGGCAGAUGAUCAGCGACGUGGUGCAGGAGCAGCUCGGCUAUCGUCUGCUGUUCGUCGAGAGCGUCUGUGACGACCCCCUGGUGAUCGAAUCCAACAUCAAGGAAGUUAAGCUGAGCAGUCCGGACUACAAGGGGAAGGAUCCGGAUGAGUCUGUGCGGGACUUCAUGGAGCGCAUCCGGCACUACGCUGCGCAGUACGAGCAGAUCGACGAACACGAGGAUUGCGAGUACUCCUUCAUCAAGAUUUACAACGUCGGCGAGAAGUUUCUCGUUAACCGCAUCGUAGAUCACGUGAUGGCUAAGAUUGUCUACUACCUGAUGAACAUUCACAUCGUGCCGCGCACCAUCUUCCUGUCGCGGCACGGCGAGAGCGAGCUCAACACGAAGGGACGCAUAGGGGGCGACUCCGGGCUGUCCGAACGCGGCAGGGAGUACGCGUCGUUGCUGGGAGAGUUCCUGGAUGAACAGCAGAUCCCCGGGCUGACGGUGUGGACGAGCCACAUGAAGCGCACGAUAGAGAGCGCGGUGAACAUCAGCGCGCCGAAGGAGCAGUGGAAGGCACUCAACGAGAUCGACGCGGGCGUCUGUGAAGAGAUGUCUUACGAGGAAAUCCAGGAUAAAUAUCCGGAGGAGUUUGCGCUGCGGGACAUGAACAAGUUCCGCUACCGAUAUCCAGCCGGAGAGUCGUACGAGGAUCUCGUCACGCGACUCGAGCCGGUGAUCAUGGAGCUCGAACGACAAGAGAACGUGCUGGUGAUCGGACACCAGGCGGUGCUGCGGUGCCUUCUAGCGUACUUCUUGGACAAGAAUUACGACGAACUGCCAUCUUAA